CCAAAACUCUCCAUUGUCUUUCUUCUUCUCCUUCUCUGAAAUCUGCAGACCUAUAUUCCUGCUUUUUAUAAUACUAUCUUAAACUAAACCCAACAAUUUUUUACUGUUUUCUCUUUUCUCUUCUUAGUUGUAGCUUAAUUAUGUCUACAAGUUUAUCUCAUUCUGUCAUUGUUCAGGCUUCUCCUGAGUUCUUUUCUUGUUUCUUUUGGUCAGAGUCUUUGUUCUCAUGGCUAGCCAUGUCUGCCUGAUUAACCAAAAAAAAAAAAGACACAUGCCCACACACUAGUUUAUUUCAAGGUGUGCACUUUUCUAAUUAAUUAUUUUUGCUGAGGUUGAGGAAAAUAUAAAGAAUGUCAUGUUUUGUAGUAUAAUAGGUAGGAUCAAUGAUUAGUAAUAGUUUCCUAAUUGUGUAGCAUGCAUGUUUACUUUUUUAGAGUGCACAAGUGGUUAAAAACAAGCUCCUAGAAAUUGGUUUGUUAAGGUAGCUCACCCAUCACUUUUGAUCUUAAAUAAUUUACACAUCCAAGAUAAUUCUUCUCUUCCUCUCUUGUUGUUUCUUCAACUUUGGUCUCCAAAUAAACAACACAAGUCAAGAAAUGGAACUCUCAGGUCAAGAUGGUGAGAUGCCAAUUCCAAUCAAUAGUACAUUUGGUGGUCACUUGAUUCAUCACAAUCCUCCUCCUCCUCCUCAUCCUCAUUCUCAUUCUCAUUCUAUUCCAUUGCCCACUCCUCGAAAUCACAACGAUAUGGUGUAAUAACCCGGAUUUUAAAAAUAUUUUUGUUAAUAUUAUAAAUGAUUUUCUUAAAAAGAAAGGAAUAAGAUUUAAUAUUUUAUUCCAGUUUAAUGAGUUUUCAAAGUUUUAUAUUUAAACCCCGGGUUAUUGUGUUAUUGAUAAAUAAUUGUAUUUUCAAAACUGAUUUUCAUAUAUUGUUUUGAAAAUUCUGUAUGAAUAUUAUGUGAAUAUAUGUGUUAUGUGAUUAAGUGGUAUUGGUGAAUUUGUUUGUUAAUUAGUUAUGAUUAAUUAUUAAUAUGAUAUGAUUAAUAUAUGAAUUUUUGUGAAUUUUGUGUUAUCUAGUUUAUUGACCUGAAUGCUCAUAUGUGUUCGUAUUCGCGAGAUUUCAAUUUCUAUAUGCUCAUGAGAAAAUAUAGUUUAUUUGGAUAUUUUCAUAUCGAUUUAUGGAAUGUUAUAUGAUUUUAUAAUCGAUUUACGGAUUUAAUUGUGUAUAUUUAUAUUUAUUUAUUAAUUAUUUGACUUCCGUAAAACCGUCCACUCGUAACGAGGUAGCAAAUUUUCUUUCCGGAAGUUUCAACAAAACUAACCUUUAGCCUAAUUUGAAUAUUCCGGACAUUUUUCGUGUUUUGACUUUUUCGAUCCGGAGUACGGUUUUCCCCGGAGUCGGUCCGGCGGAGUUUUUCGGGUAUUUUAAUUGUUGAUAAUUAUCUUGUUGUCUCGAUAAACGUGAAACUAGAUAUUUUGAUUCAUCCUUAUCUUGUAAUAAUUGCAGUGGGACCCGCAUACUAAUGACUGAUUAAAAAGCCCCGUUUUGAUGAUUAUCUUGAAAACCAGUACCGAUUGGACCCCGCUUUAUUAAUAUAAAGCUAUUAAAUACGUAUUUUCAUGUCAUAUACGAUCCAAAGGGGUACCAAUUAUUUGUAAAUAUAAAUAGACCUUUCUAGAGUUUAUUUUCACCCGUAAAAUCAUUUCACCAGUUUCUCUGCACGAAUACCGAGAGAAACCGAGCAGUGUUCUUCGUGUUCUUCAUAAUCAAACGAAGAUUUGAAGGUGUUAUUGGAAUCCGAUGGAGGUGUAUGAAUAGUCAAAACGAAGCUAUCGACGUGUAGAUUAUAGUUUAAUCCUUCGUUUGUGUGCAGAUUCAACAGAUUUGGACGAGACGUGUAUGCCCGAAGACGUUCAGAAAGUCACGUGGUGUUACAAAGCGAAUAAGGGAUGAAUCGAGUAAGCGAAGCGAAGAUGUACGGUAGAUAGAGUAUAGCCAGAGAUGGUCUAGAGACUAUGAGAUGCAUAGAUUGUGAAAGUGGAAAGAUGAGAUUGAAAUGUGAGACUGGAGUCAGAUUUAAGAAAGGCUUAAAGAUGAGAUGAUUGAUUGAGAUUGUGAGUAAGGCUAAUGCUAGGCGAGGAGACAGAGUUGAGGAUCCAGUGGUCGAGAAGUGUUCAGGAAAGUUGAUAAGGUUGGUGCAAGCUGAAAUAGUUGACAGUGAUUCUUCUUAUCGAAGAUGAUCUGAUUUGGUAAGAGAUGUUGUGUAAUAAUAGCGGUAGAUUCUAAUUUCAAUACUGUAACCUGGAUGCGAUCCUGUUGCUUUUAGGGGGUUUAAAUGUUCUCCUUCGAAUCAUUUAUUAAAGUUUAAAUGUUCUCUUGAAAUUCUUUUAUUAUGGUUUUCAAGUUUGAAAUUCAGGUUUUGAAAUCAUUCGAUUUAUGUUCUCAUUCAAAUCUUAUAUUAAAUGUUUUCAGGUUUUAAAUUCUUUGAUUUCAUUAUCUUUAGAAAAAAAAUACAGGUUUUCAAAGGUGUUUAAAAAUGGGUUUUAUGUGGUGACGUCAGAAUCCAGACCCCCGGAUUCCUGGACUGUCACAGUUGGUAUCAGAGCCACAGGUUAUAAGUAUUUGAAAUUAGAAUAUAGAUCAUAGUUAUAGGUUUCUAGUGAAGAAUGUGGUGUAACCUCACUUAGAGGUAUGGUUGGACUAUUUAGGAAUAGUCUAGAGAUGUGAGUGAAGCAUAGAGUUUAGUUAUAUGAUCAAGUUAAGUGUGGAUAUUUAAAGAGAUUAGGAUCCUUAAGUUUAGACAGAUGAUUUCUAGUAUGUUGAUUAAUUGAGAUGGUGAAUUGUGGAAAAGGUCAGUAUUAGACCUAUAUAGAAGAGUUUGAUAGUGAAUGAUUGAGUUGAGAAUGGUGAAAAUGCAGAGUUCAGAGUAUUCUGAUUAUACUGCAUAGUUGAAAAUUGGAUUAUUGUAUUGAUUAGAGGAUGAUAUAAAUGCAUGGUUCAUAGUAUGUUGACCAUGUCAGAUAUUUGGAAGAUGUAUAUUGUUUUGUGAGAUAUGAAGAGUUAGUGUAAGAUAUGAGUUGUAUAGAAUCAGAAGGAGAGAUUUGUAGAUAGAGGUUGAUAGGUGAGAAGUGAAUGAUAGAGAGUACGUGGAAUUGAGUCCAGUUAUUAGAGAUGAUGUCUACGAGUAAGUUAGAACGUUAGUCCUCGACGACAACGCUUCGAGCUAAGCGGGAUUUCAAAUGGCAUCAAGGUGGGCCCAUAACCCACAGGUUGAUGAUCCAGACAAUCGAAGAUACGUUACAUGUUUGUGCUAUGGAUUUCAAGGGCAACUGGGAUAAAGUAGAAGAAUGUAAACUACAUGGGCCAGAGUUAUUACGGACGAUAACGUCUACGAUGACAUCUUACUAGGCUAUUACGAGUCAAAUCGAUUGAUUAUCGAGAACGUUGAAAGGACGACAUAAAUCGAAUAACGAUUUCGUAAAGCAGAGUGGGAAUUUGAGAAGACCUUGGCAAUACCUCUCUUCAACUAAAGAUUCUUUUAAUACUUUUCUCAUCAGUGAGAUAUUAUCAUGAUAUCUUUUCUACAAAAGUUUUGAUAAAUGAGAUCUUCAAUUUCUCAAAUUCUAAGAUGACAUUGAUAUUGAUUAUUGGUAUGAGUUGGAAAGCAAAGAUGUGUGAUAAAGGUUUGUUGUGAAGAGAUAGUGAUGUUCCUUGAUAUUGUUUGACAUUUCUUGACAUUCCUUGAUACCCUUUCAUCUACCUUGAUAUCCCUUAGUGUUCUUUGAUAUUGUUGAUAUUCCUUGAUAUUCUCUGGUAUUCCUUAACAUUUCUUCAAUUUGAUUGGGAUGAACAACCCUAUUUAUAGGGGACACAAGGUAUACCUGUCUGUGUGAUAGGAGUUGGAUGGGACGCCAUCACUUGUGUGUGUUGUGAUUACAAGAAGGUUAACAACCUUUAGUAGUGUCUAAUAUGGACACGCAACAUUAAGUUCAUUUGAUCGUAUUGAUCUCCCAGUCAUUCUUGUAUUCCAAUGUCACCUAUUUUGAAAACAUCUUGUUCUAUUCGAAAAUUCCCAAAGAUCGAUUCUUGGGAAAUGAAUUUUGCAAUUGUGAAAGUUUGAGUUUCCUUUUCCAUUAAAGUUAAAGGUAUGCCAAGAUCAAUCAAAGGUGGAUGACGAUAUGAUAUUACGAAGUGUGAACGUUUUAGUUUCUUCGGAGGAUUCCGAGGACGGAAUCCUUAUAAGGGGGGUAGAAUGUAAUAUCCCAUACUAUUAAAUUUAGAUUUGAUUAUUAUAAAUCUAUUUGUCUAAAUAUUAUUGUUGGCUUUAGUUGAAAAGUGAAUUGAUUAUGUGAAUAGUUUUAUAUGAUGAUACUUGUUCUGUGGAUUAAUAUGGAUUAUACUAAUUAUGCGUUCUCCUUCUUUCUCUGAUUCCGAGGACGGAAUCCCUAUAAGGAGGGUAGAUUGUAAUAACCCGGAUUUUAAAAAUAUUUUUGUUAAUAUUAUAAAUGAUUUUCUUAAAAAGAAAGGAAUAAGAUUUAAUAUUUUAUUCCAGUUUAAUGAGUUUUCAAAGUUUUAUAUUUAAACCCCGGGUUAUUGUGUUAUUGAUAAAUAAUUGUAUUUUCAAAACUGAUUUUCAUAUAUUGUUUUGAAAAUUCUGUAUGAAUAUUAUGUGAAUAUAUGUGUUAUGUGAUUAAGUGGUAUUGGUGAAUUUGUUUGUUAAUUAGUUAUGAUUAAUUAUUAAUAUGAUAUGAUUAAUAUAUGAAUUUUUGUGAAUUUUGUGUUAUCUAGUUUAUUGACCUGAAUGCUCAUAUGUGUUCGUAUUCGCGAGAUUUCAAUUUCUAUAUGCUCAUGAGAAAAUAUAGUUUAUUUGGAUAUUUUCAUAUCGAUUUAUGGAAUGUUAUAUGAUUUUAUAAUCGAUUUACGGAUUUAAUUGUGUAUAUUUAUAUUUAUUUAUUAAUUAUUUGACUUCCGUAAAACCGUCCACUCGUAACGAGGUAGCAAAUUUUCUUUCCGGAAGUUUCAACAAAACUAACCUUUAGCCUAAUUUGAAUAUUCCGGACAUUUUUCGUGUUUUGACUUUUUCGAUCCGGAGUACGGUUUUCCCCGGAGUCGGUCCGGCGGAGUUUUUCGGGUAUUUUAAUUGUUGAUAAUUAUCUUGUUGUCUCGAUAAACGUGAAACUAGAUAUUUUGAUUCAUCCUUAUCUUGUAAUAAUUGCAGUGGGACCCGCAUACUAAUGACUGAUUAAAAAGCCCCGUUUUGAUGAUUAUCUUGAAAACCAGUACCGAUUGGACCCCGCUUUAUUAAUAUAAAGCUAUUAAAUACGUAUUUUCAUGUCAUAUACGAUCCAAAGGGGUACCAAUUAUUUGUAAAUAUAAAUAGACCUUUCUAGAGUUUAUUUUCACCCGUAAAAUCAUUUCACCAGUUUCUCUGCACGAAUACCGAGAGAAACCGAGCAGUGUUCUUCGUGUUCUUCAUAAUCAAACGAAGAUUUGAAGGUGUUAUUGGAAUCCGAUGGAGGUGUAUGAAUAGUCAAAACGAAGCUAUCGACGUGUAGAUUAUAGUUUAAUCCUUCGUUUGUGUGCAGAUUCAACAGAUUUGGACGAGACGUGUAUGCCCGAAGACGUUCAGAAAGUCACGUGGUGUUACAAAGCGAAUAAGGGAUGAAUCGAGUAAGCGAAGCGAAGAUGUACGGUAGAUAGAGUAUAGCCAGAGAUGGUCUAGAGACUAUGAGAUGCAUAGAUUGUGAAAGUGGAAAGAUGAGAUUGAAAUGUGAGACUGGAGUCAGAUUUAAGAAAGGCUUAAAGAUGAGAUGAUUGAUUGAGAUUGUGAGUAAGGCUAAUGCUAGGCGAGGAGACAGAGUUGAGGAUCCAGUGGUCGAGAAGUGUUCAGGAAAGUUGAUAAGGUUGGUGCAAGCUGAAAUAGUUGACAGUGAUUCUUCUUAUCGAAGAUGAUCUGAUUUGGUAAGAGAUGUUGUGUAAUAAUAGCGGUAGAUUCUAAUUUCAAUACUGUAACCUGGAUGCGAUCCUGUUGCUUUUAGGGGGUUUAAAUGUUCUCCUUCGAAUCAUUUAUUAAAGUUUAAAUGUUCUCUUGAAAUUCUUUUAUUAUGGUUUUCAAGUUUGAAAUUCAGGUUUUGAAAUCAUUCGAUUUAUGUUCUCAUUCAAAUCUUAUAUUAAAUGUUUUCAGGUUUUAAAUUCUUUGAUUUCAUUAUCUUUAGAAAAAAAAUACAGGUUUUCAAAGGUGUUUAAAAAUGGGUUUUAUGUGGUGACGUCAGAAUCCAGACCCCCGGAUUCUCGGACUGUCACAUAUGGUGCCAAAUUCAGUGCCACAAAUCUCAACCAAUGGCCCUAUGGAGGACCAAGGGGUGUUCAAGAAAGCGGUGAAAUACAAAGAAUGCUUGAAGAAUCAUGCAGCAUCCAUGGGAGGGAAUGCCACAGAUGGUUGUGGUGAGUUCAUGCCAAGCGGUGAAGAAGGCAGUAUCGAGGCCUUUACGUGUUCUGUCUGCAAUUGCCAUAGGAAUUUCCACAGGAAGGAAAUUGAGGGUGGUCAUCACAAUCACUCCUCUUCAUGUGAGUGUUACCACCACUUGAAUCUUGGUAACAGAUCAUCAGGGAUUGGGAGGAAGCUCAUUCUUGGUCAUCAUUUACCGUAUCCUACUAGUGCUGCAGCUGCACUUGUUCCCUCCAGAACUGCUCAACCUCAUCAGAUGAUAAUGUCUUCGUAUAACAACAUCAUGGCCUCGCUUCCUUCUGAGUCUGAUGAACGGGAAGAUGCAAAUAAUAAUAAUAACCAUCAGAAUGGAGUUGGGGUAGGAUCAGCUGGGAUUGCCAUGGCUAGACCGCCUCAUUUGCUGCGGAAAAGGUUUAGGACCAAAUUUUCUCAGGAACAGAAGGAGAAAAUGCUGAAUUUUGCGGAGAAAGUAGGGUGGAAAAUUCAGAAACAAGAGGAGGCUGUGGUGCAGCAGUUCUGUCAAGAAGUGGGAGUCAAAAGAAGAGUCCUUAAGGUUUGGAUGCACAACAACAAGCACAUUCUUGCUAAGAAGAACAGCACCAACUCAACUCCAACUGAUCAAAAUCAGACUUGAUAAAUAUAUAUUAAUAUGGAGUAUAAAUUUUGUUUUUUGAGUUAUCUUGAUCAUAAUUAUAUUAGCAUUGUAAUGUAGUUUAAGGAUAUUGAUUAAGUUUGAAACACUUGUUCCAGGAUUA